UGAAAAGCAUCGUUGUUUGCUGUUGUGGUCACGUCUAGUGCGCAUGCGCCGUUUACAGCAUGAUGGGGCAUGGAAGGGCAGAGCUUUAAUCAUAACGGAAACAUGAAUCUAGCAACACACAUAUAAUGUGUUUUAACUUUUAAAUUGGUACGGCAGUCACAGUAAUUAUUAGAGACAGUAGAUUUAAGCAUCUAGAAAUGUUUCGUCAUAGCAAGGGAUUCAUUACGAAACUCAAGAAUUUGAGUUUCCAGAGCUCAUGGAGGUCGAGAGGCAGCUCUGCUGUAGAGAGAGCACUGCAGUACACAGUGGGACAGAAGAUCCAGGGGUUCACUGUUAAACAGGUAACAGCAGUGCCAGAUUUGUUCCUAACAGCCGUUAAACUCUCCCAUGAUGCCACAGGAGCUCAGUAUCUGCAUGCAGCCCGAGACGAUUCCAACAACCUCUUUAGUGUGCAGUUUCGUACCACGCCGAUGGACAGCACUGGUGUUCCUCACAUUCUGGAGCACACCGUUCUGUGUGGAUCCCAGCGCUUCCCCUGUAGAGACCCCUUCUUUAAGAUGCUCAAUCGCUCGCUCUCCACCUUCAUGAAUGCCUUCACAGCGAGUGAUUACACGAUGUACCCGUUCUCCACCCAGAAUGCCAAAGACUUCCAGAACCUUCUGUCAGUCUAUCUGGACGCUGUCUUCUUCCCGUGUCUCAGAGAACUAGACUUCUGGCAGGAGGGCUGGAGGCUGGAGCACGAGACCCCCACAGACCCCUCGAGUCGUCUGGUGUUCAAGGGUGUGGUGUUCAAUGAGAUGAAAGGAGUAUUUUCAGAUAAUGAGCGUCUGUACGCUCAGCACCUGCAGAAUAAACUCCUGCCGGAUCACACAUACUCUGUUGUGUCCGGAGGGGAACCGCUAGCCAUUCCUGACCUGACCUGGGAACAGCUCAAACACUUCCACGCCACACACUACCACCCCAGCAAUGCACGGUUCUUCACAUACGGGGACUUACCGCUGGAGCAGCACCUGCAGCAGAUAGAAGAAGAGGCUCUGUCUAAAUUCGAGAGAACAGAACCAAACACUGCAGUUCCACCUCAGACACACUGGGACAAACCUAGAUUGGAUCAUGUGACUUGCAGGCCUGACGCACUUGCUCCUGAUCCCAUGAAACAAAACACGCUCUGCAUGAGCUAUCUGCUGGGAGACAUCACAGACACAUUUGAGGCGUUCAUUCUGAGCCUCCUCUCCUCUCUGAUGAUCUCUGGUCCAAACUCUCCCUUCUACAAAGCCCUGAUCGAGCCCGAAAUCGGUUCUGACUUCUCCUCUUCAGUGGGGUUUGACGGCAGCACUAGACAAGCGUCUUUCACCAUCGGUCUUCAGGGCAUGGCAGAGGACGACACUGAGACGGUCAAACACAUCAUUGCUCAAAGCAUCGAUGACAUCAUUGCAACCGGUUUUGAAGAGGAGCAGAUUGAAGCUCUGCUGCAUAAAAUCGAGAUUCAGAUGAAACAUCAGUCCACCAGCUUUGGUCUAGCUCUCGCUUCAUAUAUUGCAUCCUGUUGGAAUCAUGACGGUGAUCCAGUGCAGCUGUUGAAGAUCAGUCAGAAUGUGUCCAGAUUCCGGCAGUGUUUGAAGGAGAACCCUCGCUACCUCCAGGACAAAGUCCAGCACUAUUUUAAGGAUAACACCCAUCGACUGACCCUUACCAUGAGUCCUGAUGAGAGCUUCUUGGAGAAACAGGCUGAAGCUGAGGAACAGAAGCUCCAUCAGAAGAUACAGAACCUUAGCGAUGCAGACCACAAAGACAUCUAUGAGAAAGGUUUGCAGCUGUUGGCCGCUCAGAGCACGGCUCAAGAUGCUUCCUGUCUACCUGCAUUAAAGGUGUCCGACAUCGAGCCGAUCAUUCCCUACACACCUGUACAGCUGGGAACUGCAGGCGGUGUACCUGUACAGUACUGUGAGCAGCCCACCAACGGCAUGGUGUAUUUCAGAGCCAUGUGCAACCUCAACUCCCUCCCUGAAGACCUGAAGAUCUACGUUCCUCUGAUCUGCAGCGUCAUUACAAAGUAUGAAACAUUUGUGACGCCUGAGACUUUUGCACACUUCUGUGUAUAUAGUGUGUGUGUGUAUAUAUAUAUAUAUAUGAUGUCUGUAUCUCCACAGAUCAUACCGGACACUGAUGACCUUGAUCUGUAUGAGCAGGGUAUUAUCCUGUCAUCUUCCUGUCUGGAGAGGAAUCUGCCUGACAUGUUUCAGCUGUGGAGUGACAUUUUCAACAGCCCUCGUUUUGAUGACGAGCAGCGUCUGCGUGUGCUGGUCAUGAUGUCAGCUCAGGAACUGUCCAAUGGCAUCUCGUACUCCGGUCACAUGUACGCGAUGACGCGUGCGGCUCGAAGCCUCACUCCCACAGCAGACCUGCAGGAGGCCUUCAGCGGGAUGGACCAGGUGAAGUUUAUGAAAAGAAUAGCUGAGAUGACUGAUCUGACUUCAGUUUUGAGGAAACUUCCCCGGAUAAAGAGACACCUGUUGAAUCCUGAGAACAUGAGGUGUGCAGUGAACGCCACGCCGCAGAAAAUGUCAGAAGCAGCUGGAGAGGUGGAGAGGUUUAUAGGUAAUAUAGCAGCCAACAGGAAGGAGCGCAAACCUGUCAGACCAACCGUUGUGGAGAGAGCACUAGAUCCUCAAGCUGGAUCAUCUGCGAGUCGGAAACUUAUCUCAGAGCCUCAUUUUAAACCCUGUCAGAUGAAGACGUAUUUCCAGCUUCCGUUUAAUGUGAACUUUGUCAGCGAGUGUGUGCGGGCCGUCCCGUUCACACACGCCGAUUACGCCAGUCUGUGUAUUUUAGCAAGGAUGAUGACUGCCAAGUUCCUGCAUGGAGAGAUCAGAGAAAAGGGUGGGGCUUAUGGAGGCGGAGCUAGAAUGGGAGGAGGCGGCCUGUUCUCAUUUUAUUCCUAUAGAGAUCCGAACUCCACCCAGACGUUGUCGGCUUUCCGUGGCGGAGUAGAGUGGGCGCGAGCGGGAAAGUUUACCCAGCAGGACAUCGAUGAGGCCAAGCUCUCAGUUUUCUCAGCCGUUGAUGCACCGGUCGCCCCCUCAGAUAAGGGUUUGGGGCGUUUUUUAAACGGCAUUACAGAUGAGAUGAAACAAAGAUACAGAGAGAGACUGUUCGCUGUGACUGAUAAAAACCUCAUUGACGUCGCUGGCAGAUAUCUUGGUGUCGGUCAGCAGACAUGUGGAGUGGCUAUUCUUGGCCCGGAAAAUGAAAGCAUCAGAAAAGACCCAUCCUGGGUGGUCAAAUAGACUUUUUACCUCUCUUCUUAUUAGUAGGAUUGUGAAAGACACGCACACACUCCUGGAUCACGCACAAAUCAAGUCUUGUUCCGUUAGAAGAAUGUGUUUUCUUCCUUACAGGAGUCAUUAUGAGCAACAGAGGUGCUUAAAGAACCUGAAUUAAAGUUCUCUAAGACUACUUUUGUUUACACAACACGUUGUUGAUGGACUCCAUCUUUUUAUAACAACGUCGAAAAACGCUCAUAUGAUUCUGCAGUGUUGUAAUUUGAGUGAGAUUUAUAAGUUAGAAAUUAUUUAUGAGAUGUGUAGAAUUAUAAUAAACGUGACCAUGUUUAACUAGAAUGAUUUUUUUUUAAACUUGACUUUUUUUUUUGGACACUGACAUUUUUGUCCUCUAAUGACCGCAGAGUAACUUUUUAAAAUUGAUGUACAAGGGUUAAUAAUGAAACAAACCACACCAAUUACAUUCUAAAGGGAGUUUAUGCAGCAUUGUUAGCGUAUACGCACACGUACAUCAUAACAAACACACACUAACACGUCUGCUUUGGUACAAAGUGCCUGCACUAACAAACACCACAGAAUAGCAGCUUGGAAGACCCCUUCAGACUCCAAUCAACUAAAACAAGGUGCAGUUGUGAAAUAACAUCACUAUAGGCCAGUGAAGCAUUCAUACAGAUAGCUCCAUAUUCAAUGAAAAUAAGCUCUAUUAGAAUAAAUAUGGAAAUCUUGCAUAUUCACAAAAUAUACCACUUGGCCCCAUUUAAAAUGGAUGAUCAGCUAAUCGCUUGAGCGUAUGGAUUGUCAAUCACAACACACUGAGCUACUAUAUUGAAGGAUCUCGUGGCUGUACGUCUAUGGUUACAGUUUAAUGUGAACUGCUUUACAUAUACUGUAUAUGAUUAGGUGUUCAGGUCAAGAAUAUGGAAUCACAGGUCUUCACCUAUAAUAAAUACAUUUUUACUUGCAAG